GCUUGAGACCCUCAGGCUGCCUGGUUGCCGAGGCGACCGUUGAGCCGCGGCCGCGGAGGCUGAAGCAAUGGAGGGUCCUGGAGGCAGCUGAAACACCGCGUUGGAGCGACUGUCCCGACAAUGUCACACGAAGGCUCGAGGCAGGCGCGAGACCGUGGGGUGACCCGAUCCAAGGCUGAAAAAGCCCGGCCGCCCACCCAGCCGGUGCCGCAAGUGGACAUCGUGCCUGGGCGGCUCAAUGAGGCAGAAUGGAUUUCGUUUAUGUCCCUGGAGGAGGGCGAGGAAGUAGUGGGUGACAUCUUGGCCGACCUUCUGACUCGAGUUAUGGAGUGUGCCUUCAAAGUCUACCUGACCCAGCAGUGCGUCCCAUUCACCAUUAGUCAGGCCAGAGAAGCCAUGCUGCAGAUCACUGAGUGGCGUUUCCUGGCUCGGGAUGAGGGAGAAGCUGCAGUGGCCGAGGACCCCACAUGGGGCGAGGACGAGGAACCGCUGGCAUGCAUCACGGAUGCUUGGGCCCAGGGCUCCGUGCCUGUACUGCACGCACCGGCACCCGUCGGUGUAGAGGAGCACUUCCAAGGCGAAGAACCUGGGAACCCGGACCAGUUCCUUUUAGGUUCACCGUGGUUGGACAGAGACUCCCGGGAGCCAACAGCGUCUUCAGGGCCUUCUGCCGAGCCAAGACCCACGCCCACCUUGGAGGUGUUUCAGGAAAUUGAGCCCGGGGAUAUCUUGGCCGUGCCUUCGAAGGGGUCGUUACGACCUUCGCUGGAAGAGGUGCGAGUCCACAGUCCCCAUCCUUCCCUGGAUCUGCCCCAAGCAGUCAACCUCCAGGCCUCCGAGGACAAGGAUUCGUCCCUCAGCUCCCACCUGUCCCUCGAAGAUCUUUACCGCUGCGUGUCUCAGCCAGACGCGGCAGGGGACCGACUGAAACCCGAGAGCAAGGGCACGACACGCACUUCCUCGGAAGAUUCCAUGCCUCUCCUCACCCUAGAAAAGCCCCCCGGGUCGCCACAGCCUGAAAGCUUGGAUACGCGGCUUAGCCGCAAGACGCCCAUAGUGCGCCUGGAUCCCGCGCGGUUGCCCCGCCACUGGGUGCGCCCUGUGGCCGAGGUGCUAAUCCCCGACACCGAAGCUCGCCCUUUGGAAAUAUAUCGCGGGCGCCUGCGGAGUGAAAAGAGCCAAGCUGGGGUCCGAACCUCAGCAAGCGUGUCCCAAGCCCUCGCCUCGCGCGCGCACCCCAAACUCCCACUCUCUACCUCAAAGUUCCCUCUCCAGUAUUCUGCUCCAUUCCGUGCUUUGGGCCCGGAUCCCACUUUAAACUUGGCCCAAUCCUCACCAACCUUCGGGUCAAAGUUGCCAUUCCUCAGCCCCGGGUUUCGGUUCCUCGCUAGAAACUCGAACCCUCCCGAAGUCUCCCGCAGUCCCAGUCCCAAACUAUGGCCUCGAGCUAAGUGGCCGAGUGGCUGGGAGCGGGAGGCAGAGCAGCUGGGCGAGCUGUGGGCGGGUCGGACUCGCGUCCCUCCACAGGGCCAGGAACCUGUUGAAGAAGACACCUCAGAGGACUCUGGAUGGCCCCUAGUGGCGCCCCAGGUCCUUGAGGCCACGUCCCAGGUUCUGUGGAAGCCCAUGGUUCUUUCAGAAAGCAUGAAGCUGGUACCCGGUGUGAGUAUGUGGAACCGGGGCACCCAGGAGCUGCUCAGCCCUGCUGUCAUCCAGGAGGAGGCUGAAGGAGGCACCUCCCAUGCGACUGAGCAGCAACCCAUCCAGACAGGUGUGUCCAAGCCGCAGGUGAUUAUGACACAGCUAGUAAAGAAGGAAACCCCCAAAGCCUGGCUGCUCCCAACCAAACCUGUACCCCACUCUGGGUCCUGAGCCUCCACAUUGGGAAUUGAACCUUGCCCAAAAUAAAAAUGCGUUGGCCGCAGGAACUGACCGGCAAGAUGGUGCCAUUUCUUCUAAGGCUGUGUAGUCUCUUACUGGACUCCAGGGGGCACAGUUCUCCUCAAACACACCUUA